CAACGAGGUUGUGCAGAUGAACUUCGAAAUUGCCAGCUUCAGUAGCCUCUCGGGGACCCAGCCUAUCACGUGGCAGGUCGAGUACCCGCGGAAAGGGACCACAGACAUCGCCGUGUCUGAGAUCUUCGUCAGCCAGAAGGACCUGGUGGGCAUCGUGCCCUUGGCCAUGGACACUGAAAUUCUGAACACCGCCAUACUCACUGGAAAGACAGUUGCCCUGCCCAUCAAGGUGGUCUCUGUGGAGGAAAACAGUGCCGUGACGGACAUCUCAGAGUUGGUGGAAUGCAAGUCCACAGACGAGGAUGUCAUCAAAGUGUCUGACCGCUGCGACUACGUCUUUGUCAAUGGCAAAGAGAUAAAAGGCAAGAUGGAUGCGGUGGUGAAUUUCACAUACCAGUACCUGAGUGCCCCUCUGCACAUCACCGUGUGGGUGCCCCGGCUACCCCUGCAGAUUGAGGUCUCUGACACGGAGCUCAGCCAGAUUAAGGGCUGGAGGGUCCCCAUCGUGGCCAGUAAGAGGCCUACCCGCGAGAGCGAGGAUGAGGACGAGGAGGACCGCCGGGGUCGGGGCUGCGCCCUGCAGUACCAGCACGCCACCGUGCGUGUCCUCACCCAGUUUGUAUCUGAGGGCGCCGGGCCCUGGGGCCAGCUCAGCCACCUGCUCAGCCCCGACUGGCAGCUGGACAUCACCCACCUGGUCGCAGGCUUCAUGAAGCUGGAAGAGCCUCACGUGGCCACCCUCCAGGACAGCAGGGUCCUGGUGGGGCGAGAGGUCGGGAUGACCACCAUCCAGGUAUUGUCUCCAUUGUCUGACUCCAUCCUGGCAGAGAAGACGGUCACUGUGUUAGAUGACAAAGUGUCAGUGACAGAGUUGGCCAUCCAGCUCGUGGCUGGACUGUCGGUCACCCUCCACCGCAAUGCAGAGAACAGUAAGGCCAUCACAGCUGUUGCCACCGCUGAGGAGCUGCUGCAUACCCCCAAACAGGAAGCCGUGGUCAGCACCUGGCUUCAGUUCAGCGACGGCUCGGUGACACCCCUGGACAUCUACGAUACCAAGGACUUCUCCCUGGCAGCCAGCUCCCAGGACGAGGCCGUCGUGUCCGUCCCCCAGGCCCGCUCUCCCCGGUGGCCCAUCGUGACGGCUGAAGGGGAAGGCCAGGGGCCACUGGUCCGAGUGGACAUGACGAUCGCAGAGACCUGCCAGAAAUCCAAGCGCAAAAGCGUCCUGGCCGUGGGCGUCGGCAGCAUCAGGGUCAAGUUCGGACAGAACGAUGCUGACUCCAGCCCCGGCAGGGACGAUGAGGAAGAUGAGAGGAAGAACCACGCCAGCGACCGCCGGCCGAAGGGGCAGGACCACGAGCGCACAGGCCAGGAUGGGCACUUCUACGACGGUGCCUCCGUGGAGCGCGAGGAGGGGGCUGUCCGGAGGGCCGCCACCACGGCCAGGUCGCUGCUGGACAACAAGGUGGUUCGGAGCAGCCGGGUGGACGAGGGCCGGCUGUCGGCCGAGGAGCCACUACAGAACAUCCCCAUCGAUUUCACCAACUUCCCGGCCCACGUGGACCUCCCCGGGGCCGGCGGUGAGCUGGCGGAGAGUGACGUGGUGCCCACACCCCGGGGUCUGAGCGACCUGGAGAUCGGGAUGUACGCCCUCCUGGGCGUCUUCUGCCUGGCUAUCCUCGUCUUCCUGAUCAACUGCGCCACCUUCGCCCUCAAGUACAGGCACAAGCAGGCGCCCCUGGAGGGCCAGGCCUCCAUGACCCACUCCCACGACUGGGUGUGGCUGGGCCACGGGACGGAGCUCUUGGAGAACGCGGGGGACGCGCCGCCACCCCAGGACGAGCACACCACCAUCAUAGACCGCGGCCCCGGCCCCGGGAAGGAGAGCAGCCACCUCUUCAACGGUGGCACCCAGAAGCACGUGCACAGCCAGAGCCACAGGCCAGCGGAUCCCGGGGGGCGGCAGGGCCGGGAACAGAGGCAGGACCCCCUGCACUCGCCCACCUCCAAGAGGAAGAAGGUGAAGUUCACCACCUUCACCACCAUCCCCCCAGACGACGGCUGCCCCACGGUGAACUCCAUCCUCAGCGGCCGCGACGAGGACAUCAAGUGGGUGUGCCGAGACGUGGACGUGGGCGCCCCCAAGGAGCUGAGAGACUAUCUGGAGAAGUUCAGAGAUAAGGUGUAG